AUGAAUCAAGCAAAGAAAUGGGGCACGUUUGAUGACGUUGUAGGAGUAAGUCCCAAUUUCUUUGGCACUGUCAACAAUAACUGCGAGCUCAGAACGGCAGGACAAAAAAAUGGCCCACCAAACAUUCAAAUUCCAAGCCAAAUCAUGACUCUUGAACCUCAAUCAUAA